AUGGCGUGCCUCCUCGCUCUCGUCGCCGCCGCCGCGGUUCUCACGGUGAACAAUGCUGCAGAGGCUCCACCCGGGAAGCUGGCGCAAGCUGCUCGGACGACGUCGCCGGAGGCCUUCUGGCGCGCCGCCCUCCCCAACGCUCCCAUGCCGGAGUCCGUCCGGGAGCUCCUGCGCCAUGGUGCUGGUAUGCAUGCAGAGGUCAAGCCUCCAAGCCCAGACAGCCUCAAACCUCGCGACGACGACCCGCCUCCCAUGAACUUCAACUACGACGACUACAGGGCCUCGUCCUCGAUCUCGCCCUCGCCUCGGGACCAGGCCGCCACCACUGCCAAGGCGCUGGAACACGUCGCCCCCACCGCCAAGGCGGUGGACCAAGCCACCGGCGCCCGGAACGCCGCCACCGACGACGACGGCGGCGACAUCUCCCGCGCGUCGCAGGCGGCGGUGUUCUUCCUGGAGGACGCGGUGCGCGUCGGUGGGAGCCUGCCGUUCCCGCGGGCGGCGCCAGCGGAUCAGCAGGCCCCGCUGGAGCUGCGCACCGUCCGCGCCGUCCGCGCCGUCCAGGGGUCCAGCUUCGUGGUGUGCCGCGGGGCUGCGCCCGGCUCCGCCGCCGGCGGCCGCGCCGUGUACGGGUGCCGCGGGGUCGCCGGCCCGGCGAGGGCGUACGUGGUGGACGUUGCCGGCGAGCGCGGGGACGCAGUAACCGCGGCUGUCGUGUGCCGCACUGACGGCACGUCCAAGUCUAAGCUGGGGCACGCGGCGCUCCGCCUGCUCGACGCGAAGCCCGGGGGCGGCGGCGGCGCCGCGGCGGCCUGCUACGCCGUGCCCGACGCGCAGGUACUCCUGGUGAAGAGCAACAAGGUCCCCUCCUCGGCGUAACACGUGCUGGCGCCAUGAACUUGUGAUGCAACAACGCUACUAGUCCAUGUGUAACGGUGUCGGGUUUCGUUUUCUUUUUUACGAAAAGCAUGCACGUGUCCGUGUGCUUCUCGAUCUUACUUUUUUUUUUAAUUUCGUCGAGCGUAUGUGCUCUCUUGAGUGAGGAACGUCAGAAUAA